AUGCAUUUCAAUCACAGUCUGGAAGGAGUUGUUUUGCCCAGCAACCUUCAGAGCCUUUCAUUUGACAUUGGCUUCUGCCAGAGGUUGGACAAAGUGUCUUGGCCAAGCGGUCUCGAGAAAUUGACCUUAAACUCUCAUUUUGUAGUGCACUUGCGGCAGAGUUUGGAGGGUGUUGUUUGGCCCAGCAACCUUCAGAACCUUAACUUUAACUCUACCUACAUUUCACAAGGGAGGGAGGACCCAUUUCUGGAGGGAGUUCUUCCCCGGAACCUGCAGAGUUUGGCUGUCUCUUCCACUAAAUUGAGUACAGUUUCUACUGAGAAUGCUCGCACCCAUUAG